UUUCCUCACGCAGCGCCUUUUUUUUUUUUUCCCCUGUGAUCUGCGUGCAGCAGCAGCAGCAGGAGCAGAGCAGCAGCAACGCCGCGCCGCGGCCCCGAUCAGGAAGUGAAUCUGAAGAAAAUAAGCGACUGUGGAGGUAGAAUGACAUAGAGAGAGGGGGGGGAGAGAGGUGGGAGAGAAUCGAGCGGAUAAAUAAAGGCGACUAUAUAAACGGAGGGAGGAAUCCGACCCUGUUUCUGGAUCCGUUUGGGAGCGGCGCCUGUCUGGGAUAUAGCUCCACUGCACCGCUGAAAUAACACAAAGAUGCUCAUAAAGGAAUAUCGAGUGAUUCUUCCCAUCUCUGUGGAAGAGUACCAGGUGGGCCAGCUGUACUCUGUAGCUGAAGCCAGUAAGAAUGAGACGGGCGGAGGCGAAGGAGUAGAGGUGCUAAAAAAUGAACCGUAUGAGAAGGAUGGAGAGAAGGGCCAGUACACACACAAAAUUUACCAUUUGCAGAGUAAAGUGCCAUCAUUCGUCAGAAUGUUGGCUCCAUCUUCAGCUCUGAACAUCCACGAGAAAGCCUGGAAUGCAUAUCCUUAUUGUCGUACAGUCAUCACUAAUGAGUAUAUGAAAGAUAACUUCCUGAUCAAGAUUGAAACGUGGCACAAACCUGACAUGGGACACCAGGAAAAUGUACACGGUUUGGAUGCAGAAACCUGGAAAAAGGUGGAUGUAGUCUAUAUUGAUAUUGCAGACAGAAGCCAGGUGGAGCCAAAGGACUACAAACCAGAGGAGGAUCCCUGCAAGUACAAGUCAGCAAAGACAGGACGAGGUCCUCUAGGACCAGACUGGAAGAAGGAGCUUCCUAACAAGAAAGACUGCCCACACAUGUGUGCCUACAAACUGGUCACUGUCAAAUUCAAGUGGUGGGGUCUGCAGAAUAAAGUGGAAAACUUUAUCCAAAAGCAAGAGAAGCGCUUGUUCACAAAUUUCCACCGCCAACUGUUUUGCUGGAUUGAUAAGUGGAUUGAACUGAACAUGGACGAUAUUCGUCGCAUGGAGGAGGAGACUCGUAGGGAGCUAGAUGAAAUGAGAGUCAAAGAUCCUGUGAAAGGAAUGGUGGCUCUAGAGGACUGAGACUUUGUUGGACAUAAAUGCUGCCGCUCAUCAGAUUAGACCUGAAACCAGCGGAUUCACUCCUCCUUUUGUCUCAACUGAUACAUCUGACUGGACGGUCCAAAUCCUACUUUCCGCAGUACAUUUUGGUCUUCUCGGACCUGGACCCAGUGCACUCCCAGUUUUCAGCUGAUCUCCUCUACAUCGUCUGUCCUUCCUUGAGUCCUUCUUGUCUUAUUUUGUUUCGUUGCUUUUACUCAUUUGCUGCUUCCAUCUAGCUUAAACUUUUUAAAGCCUCCAGUAGCACCAUUACUGAUAUUGUGAGUUACUCCGAUCUUUUUCUCUCGAUUUUGUUCUAAACUGCAGAGAACAGUGAGAACUCUGUCGUUCAUCUCUACAACUAAGGACAUAUUUUAGACAAAAUAUCACAGUGGCGCAUCAGUAGCGUGUAAUGCAGUCUGCUGUGUACUUCUAACCAGCUAGUAAGGUUUUAUCCCCAGUACCUGCCUUCCGACUUCAAGGCGUUUGUCAGUUUUUCUGCUGCUUUGUGAGUUUGUGUGUGUGUCUGUGUGUAAAUGCUUCUGUUGUGUGCCGGUGUGUGUUGAUAGGUCGUCAAAGUUUCCAGCCAGGUUUUUCUUCAACACUUUAUUUCAAGCUCUGGAUGAACAUGCAGUAAUAUGAAGAUUAUGUCUAACUCUAUGAAUAUUUAGGUAGAAAUAGUCUAAAGAGAUGCACAUAAAAUAUUAAUCACAGUUGCUACAGUAAAUGAAAACAGCCAUAAAUGAUUUGAGGACUGUCGUUUUUUUUUUUUCUUGACGUGUCAUUUCCAGUGGAUAAAUGGUCUUAUCCAGCAAAAGCAAUAACUAUCAUGACAUGUUGGUCUCCUUUUUUUAUCAUCACAAAUCUGUUUUAGUCCUUAUUUUGUUUCUGUUGUGAGGUCAGUUUUAGGAAAGCAGAGCCUGAACUGAAUGUCAUUAGCUUAACAGAAGUGCUGGUUUUAAGUGUCAGUCUUUCCAUAGAGUGUUAUCUUGUUAUUUAUUUCAUUGUUCUUACUCAUUUUCUCUGGUAUUGUGCUUAGGACUGAAUGAGUAACGAUUAGUGAUGUGACAGUUUGCAGAGAGCUGAUGAACGACUGGGUGAAGAAGUGAGGAACAGCUCACUCGACAUCAUUGUUCUCUGUUUUUAUCGUCUCCUUUGUUAUUAUUCUUUUUCUUAUUUUAUAGAUUUCAUACACUUUUAUCAUUCCAUGUACUUUCACAGGAGAGUGUGCAAGAGACAACAUAAAGGAGCCAAUCAAUUACAUUGAUGCUUAGAUUGGUUAUAUUUGGAUCGCUACAAAAACUGCCACAAAAUUUUUAAAAAAAUUAAUCCAUGCGUAUGCUAUUGUUGUGAAAGUUGCUAUAGCAGAUGUUUGAUUCAAUAUACUUACAUAAUGGUAUAGAUUUUAAUCAAUUUCAGUCUUUUUUUGGAGACAAUAAAUUACAAAAUUAUAUUUAUUUUUGGAACUUUAGGUCCAACAAUUUCAAAGGAUUAAUUCUGGACACAUAUGUGGAGUCUAUAUAAAUAUUUAUUUGCAAUAAUAAAAGAUUCAGUGGAAGGGCUUCCCAUUGGCCUUUAUUAGACAUAAACCACAUGAAGUACAGUCAUAGUUUGUUUUUUAAAAAAAAGCUGGUUUAAUUUGACAUUUUAUAAAGUUUUACUGAUCCCUCUGUUGUAGAAAUUGUGCUUACGGGAACGCUUGUUUGGAAUAAGGAUGAGUCAUCAUCACGUCAUCACUGACUUAAUUUUAAUCCUAAAUUAGGUUUUAGGUCAGUUUAUUAGGUCUAGACAAAUUCAGUCAUUUCUUUGUUUCACAGUAAAUCCAGAAACUGAACUGAUCACUUAAAUAAUUUAACAAACAAUAUGAGAUAAAAUCAUUAGAGAGAGCAACUAUUAUCAUCUAUACUUUUUAGAAUCUUCUUUCAUUAUGUUAGAAGUCUUUUUUUUCACAGCGGUGUAAUUCAAUAGGCCUUCCAGGCGUCAAAAGUGACACAAUCCAAUGAACUAAUAAAUUGAUGAAUAAUUAUCUAUAUCAGUUAGACUUUAAAUAAAAUGUCAAUAAAUAUAUUAAAUAUUUAUAAAUAUGUUACUUUGUUUUGUAUUUAUAUAAUUUUUAAACCAAUGUAUUUUUUUAAAAACUAGUGAAAACUAGUGAAAAUCAACAGUUAUAUGUUGAAUAAAUCAUGUACUCACAAGUCACACAGCUCAAUUACAGACCAAUCAUCUGUAAUUGCCAUCUGCAUGGCAGUUAGCCCCGCCCACUUACCUUGACAGGUAAGGCUGGAAGAUGAAAUAAAUUCUUGAUGACGUGCAAUAUGGGAUUAAAUACUGACAUAUUCAAGCAUCCUUUCAACAUAAUGAGUGGACAACUUAAGUAAUUAUUUCCAAAUUUAACAAAGUAUUUGAUUAUUUGUUUAGCUUGUUUUCCAAUAAAGUAUUUUGUGUUAAAUUAAUGGAUUUUAUUUCAUUUAAAUCACAUGUACAUAUGUUUGUUUAACUUCUCUUUUAUGCAUUGACUUGUGGCACUUUUGGCCCUCAACAGCCAAAUUGCUUCCCACUGUCUUUUACCUCCUCUGAAGAGAACAUGGAUGUCCCACCCCUCCACGUCUGUGUCCACCAUCCCUCUCUGUUUGGGUUUGUCAACUGGGUCAUGGAGAUUUGUGGAUGUACUGUGUGUACUGACUUUGUAAAUAGUAAAUAAAUUAAUGUAGAUGAACACAUAUAUAUAGGUGAGACUGUCCUGCCAAGUGUGCACAACACCCUCUCAGACACUCCUGAUCCAUUAUUCAAAAGCCUCACAGACUCCUACAGAAACAUUUGAGUGUGAAAAUGUAGAGUUAUAGUAGCUAAAAUUUAGUGCAGGUAAGAAAUUGUGAAGAACAAUAUGAAAUUUAUUUAUUUAGGAAAACAAUUUUUACAUAUAAAAAAUUAGCAGCAGUUGAGCUUUGCUAUUUGUAUUCAGAGGAGAACAUUUGAAGUGAAGCAAGCACCCCGUUCACUGUCCCCUCAGAGGGGACGUCCUCUCACUGGCAGGACAGUGUAUAAAUAUAUAUUUUUGUUCUGAAUGUUGUAGUACCUCUGUUGUCAGUCUCUGGAUUACAUUCUCUUCUCUCACUGAAAAGGUAGACGUUACUGUAGCUUGGGUCAGUGCAUUCAUCCACAUCUUGGCAAAAUCGUCGAAGUGGAUCCCCGAUGCAUGUCGGAUUGUGGCACUCCCGUCGUUAGCCGUGAAGGGUGAUUAUUCUACAUGGCCUUCAAUGGAAGCACAGAAGAACCCUGAUAAGGAAUGUGGUUUCCAAGCAGAUGCUGAGAGAAGGGUGAUUUUAAGAGCUCAAAGACACAAAAGUUAUGAGAGAACAUAUUUUAACAGAGACAAUCUAAUAUAUCUCUUUUUAGAUUCCUUGAUUUUUAAUUGGAGUAUGAAGAAACCAAAUGAUUCCAUAAUCCUGAACUGUUUUUAAAUCUCUCUGUCUCUCUUUUUCCUCUCACUCCUGUUACCUUGUCUCCUGUUUUUUAUUUUAUUUUAUUGUGAAUUUGUGCCUUUUUGUCAUCUUAUUCUCUAAUAACACUACUGUACAUCAGAGACAUAACGAAAUGAAUAAAGACUCAAAGUGACUAUACGAA